AUGACUGAAAUCGUUGACAAAGUUAUAGAGACGUUAAAAGGAAAUAGCUUAGACAAAAAAAUAGACGUUUUAGAAAAACUCGAAGAAGAGCUAGAAGAACAGACACCACUUGAGCCACAAGAAAUAAGCCAACUUACGCCUGUCCUAAGAGAGGCGAUAAAGGGAUCUCAUGCAGCGAUAUCCUAUGCAGCUCUAACAUGUCUAAAUAAAUUUGUGCUGUUAAUUGCUGAAACACAUCCUUCACAAUACAAAAAUGUAGUGACAACAUUUGCAAGUGUCGUCAUUGACAAAUUUGGUGACUCAAAAGAAAAAUCCAAAGAAAUAGCGCUCCAAGUGUUGUUUACGAUGUAUAAUUCUGCAACUUCUAUAAAUGGAGGUGCAAAUACUAUAACAGCACUUGGACAAACGAUAAAGGAAUAUGCUUUUGGUCAUAAGCAAUGGAAAGUUCGCGAACAAAUUUUACAUUGGGUAUUAUACAGUACAAAAAAUAUAAAAGAUUUCUCUUUGCGACAAUGGGUUCCAUAUAUGGUCAAAUUACUUGAAGACACUCAUGAAAGUGUAAGAGAAACUGCGAAAGACAUUAUUGUUUUACUAUUUAGUGGGGCCGCAUCACAUGCAAAAACUGAUCUAAAAAGAGAACUCCGUGAACAAUCAAUUCGUUCAGCAAUUGCUGACUAUAUUCUUGCACGAAUUUUCGGAAGCAAUGAUGUAGAAUCUUAUAAUGAUGAUAACCUUACAGAUUCUAAAAUUGAAUUUGAUAAGGAAGAUCGUAUUGAUGAUGUUAAAGAAAUUAUAAGACCAAUGAGUUCGGCUGAAAGUGAUGUUGGAGCUAUACAUGUUGACAGUGCUAAAGAAUUAGAAAAAGAAUUUCAAAAUUUAUCUAUUAAUUUUCAAGGAAAAGAGUCCGAAGAGAAUUGGUUGAUUCGCGAACGUGCGGUAAAUCGAAUGAGAGCCUUAGUUAGAGGAGAUGCUUUUACAUAUUACAAGGAAUCAUUUAUUAAUGGUCUUAAAAUAACAAUAGAUGGUUUUCUUACUUCACUAAUGAGUUUGCGCACAACUCUUUCAUUGGCUUCUUCAAAUUUACUAAACGAUCUAGCAACAAAUUUGGGUCCAGCUUUGGAUCCUUUCGCGGAUAAUAUCUUGGCUGCACUUAUUAAAAUGGUAUUAUCGACAAAAAAAAUUAUUUCCCGUGCUGCAUCAAACUCUGCCCACGCUCUUUUAGAACAUGCCUCUUAUCAUCAUCGGUUAGUAACACAGCUAUGGAAUGCGAUGGAAGAACAAAAUAAGCAACUUCGAGAACAUGCAAUUUGCUUUGUUAAAACUGUCAUAAAUUCUCAUUCCAAUAAAAAAGAUAUCAUUGAAAGAACAGGAGGUGCUGAGUCUCUGGAAAAAUGUGUUCGGAAAGGAUUGACUGAUGCAAAUCCUAAAGUUCGCGAAACUUGCCGAGAAGUAUUCUGGAUAUUCUAUGAAGUCUGGCCAGAGAGAGGAGAAAACAUAGAGCCAGCUGUGAAAAAACAAUUGGAACGUGAUAAGCCCAAACAUUCAAAUGUAAUGUCACCUACUCGCACAACUAUAAUUCCACUCGGAAAUCGUUCAAGCGUCAUAAAACCAAAAAGACCACCUAGUAUUUCUACUUCUGAUAACAUUACUGGCGAAGAAAUAAAUACUUUUUCACCUACAAUGUCGGAAUUGAGACCCAAGACUUCAUCACCUGCGAGAUCUAAAACACCAACACCCAGACAGGAGCAAUUAAGACCGAAAACACCAUCUUCAGCCCCUAAAUUACGUUCAAAAUCUCCUGCUCCCCCCGCUAUGAGGAAAUCAAAAUCUGCUCAUUCGACAGAAGGUCAACCCUCCAAUGCUGUACCUGUAUCUGUACCUAUUCAACCUCGUAAAUUAUCAGUCAUAGAACAAUUAUCCCAUAGCUCUCCAAACACUCGAAUAGAAGGAAUUUUUAAUGUAGCACAAUUAGUUGUUAAAAGAACAUUAGAAACUCCAUCUGGAAAACCGGAUUUCAAAAAGGCAUUGCUUCCAACAGAUGAGGAAAUAACUCCGCACAUAUUUAAAAUAUUGGAAGACACAAAUAUUAAAGUUCUAGAACAAUUCUUUGAACCAAAUGUUUUUUUGGAAUUGGCUAAAAUCACAAAGUUAGAAUAUUUAAUUCCACACGUUAUUUUAUUGUUAACUGAUGAGACGAAACCAGAACAGUCAGAAGUUGCUCGGAACUUUCUUCCGAGAAUUAAGAAAUCAAUUGGGGAUGAUAAAGCAUUAGCAACACUUGACAAAUGCUUAUCGUUGUUAGGAAAUACUGCAACCGCUCCUCGAAAAUUAUCUACUGCAUUUAAUUUUACGCCUCCUCAGAGACGUAAAAUUGCCAAUGGAAUUUUGAUUUGGUUAAACGAGGCAAUUAAUCCAAAACUGGAAGAAGCAGAAAACAAUGAUGGACUUGUUAGAGGUUAUAUAGGAGAUCUAGAUAAAUAUCAACAACUCGCUCAUCACAUUAUUCAAAUGGCAACAAAAACUAAAAAGGUUUCUGAGAAUUAUGAACCUCUUUGUGAUUUUAUCGUUAGCUUGCAUAAAUUAAAGCCUGACACCUUUGAGUCGGUAUUAUAUACUUACGAUAAUAGAACAAUUGAUACCAUUGGUGAAAUAGUAGGUUGGGAAGAAGAAUUGAAAGAAGCUGAAGAAGAACUUUUAGAAGAACAAGAAGAACAAGAAAAUCUUGCGAGACGACAGCAAGAACUAUUUGAGAAAGAAGAGUUAGAACGGCGAACAUAUGAAGAAAAUUUAAUCAAACAACAACAAAUGCAACUUCAAGAAUUACAAAGGCAAAAGCAAGAACAAUUAGAAAAGAAAAAACGCGAACGUGAAGAGCGGGAAAAACAAUUACAGCAAGAAAAACAAUUACAAUUAGAGCAGGAAUAUGCCCGAGAAUUACAAAGACAAGAGUGGGAAUUAGAACAACAACGUAAAAGAGAAUUGGCCCAACGCGAAUUUGAACUUCAAAGAGAAAUACAGAUAAAACGUGAGCGAGAACUCCAAGAACAACGUGAAUUAGAGAGAGAGAGAGAGUAUCAAAGAGAGCUUCAGAUGAAACAUGAACGAGAACUUCAAGAGCAACGUGAAUUAGAGUACCAAAGAGAGUUACAACUGAAACAUGAGAGAGAACUUCAAGAUCAACGUGAGCUUGAGUUCCAAAGAGAGCUUCAGAUGAAACGUGAAAGAGAGAUACAAAUGAAACGUGAAAGAGAACUUAAUGAACAACGUGAGCUUGAAUAUCAAAGAGAGUUACGCGAAAGAGAACUUCAAGAACAACGUGAGCUUGAAUAUCAGCAAGAAGUUCAAAAACGUGAACGAGAACUCCAAGAACAACGUGAAUUGGAAUAUCAAAGAGAGUUACAAAUAAAACGUGAAAGAGAACUUCAAGAACAACAUGAGCGAGAACUUCAAGAACAACAUGAAUUGGAAUAUCAAAGAGAUUUACAAAUGAAACAUGAGAGAGAACUCCAAGAACAACAUGAACUUGAAUAUCAAAGAGAGUUACAAAUGAAACGUGAGAGAGAACUUCAAGAACAACGUGAACUUGAAUAUAAACAAGAAGCCCAGAAACGUGAGCGAGAACUCCAAGAACACCGUGAAUUGGAGUAUCAAAGAGAGUUGCAAAUAAAACGUGAAAGAGAACUUCAAGAACAACGUGAACUUGAAUAUAAACAAGAAGCCCAGAAACGUGAGCUCGAAUAUCAACAAGAGACCCAGAAGCGUGAGCUUGAACUUCAAGAUCAAAAAAGUGACCGGGAACAACGUGAGCUGGACUUUCAACGAGGAAUACAAAUUAAACGUGAGCAAGAACAGUGUGGGCUAGAUCUAAAGUUUCAGAAUGAAAAAGAAAUACAUGAUUUGGAGCGACAUCAGUCUGAACUUAACUUAAAAAAUACGGAAGAAAAUGAUUGGGAAUUUUAUAGACAAAAAUCAGGGAGGGAUCAAAACCAAUAUGAAAAAAAUUAUUUGUUAAGAAAUUCUAAUAGAGAGAGUGAUUGGGAUGAAAGAUCAAGUUUAUCAUCUCCAAGAGAUAGAAAAAAUUUUGAGUUCAGAGAUCCAAAAGAAGGAAUAAGGUCAUCCCGCAUUAUAAAAGACUCUGAUAUAGAUGAUAGUAACCCGAGAAUUCCAAGUAGGAAUGAAUAUGAUAAUUAUGAUAAUAGAGGAACUCAACCCUCGGCACGAAAUCUUUGGGAAAAUGAUUGGAAUAGUGGAUAUAAAAGGAAUUCAUCUCGAGAUUCUGGAUAUAAAAGGAAUUUAUCUCGAGAUCCUGGAUAUAAAAGGAGUUCAUCUCGAGAUUCUGGAUAUAAAAGGAAUUUAUCUCGAGAUCCUGGGUAUAAAAGGAAUUCAUCUCGAGAUUCUGGAUAUAAAAGGAAUUCAUCUCGAGAUUCUGGCCUUUCAAAUAAUAGAUCAGAGUUGGUCAGUAGAGGUAGACGAAUGUCAAGAGACAGUAGUUGGACAGAAGCUAUGGAUAAAGAAACUUUUGUUGAAGAAAGUUAUGAUGAACUUGAUCACAUAGAACCUGUUAUACCUGAGCCUAUUACACCUGAAGCUGUAAAUUACUCUCCUGUUCUUAUAGAUAACGUAGAAAUUCAAGAAAAUGUGCCAAAUGAGGAAAUUAGGCCAGAUAAUUUUGAUAAUAAUCCAACUUCCCAAAAACAAUUAUUAGAUGCCGAACAGUCACAAUCUCAAGCAUCUGAUCAAGUACCUAAUGCCCGUCAACGUGCAAUAAACCACAAUAGUCAAUCAUCGCAAUCUGCUCAAGCGAAAAAACUGUUACUCAUAACUCUUUUAGCUCAACUGAAUAGUCAUGUGGUUGACAGCGUUUUAUUUAGUGCAUUAAGAAGAUUGUCAACCGAUCUCUCAUUGAUUUCGUUAAACGAUAAAAAGCUUGCUGAUGAUAUAUGGGAAAAUGGCGAACGAUUUGGAGAACUUAUGACAGCUUUAAUAGGGUUUUUAAGCGAUAAAGAUCAGCAAAAUACCGAAUUAAAGGAACAUGCAAUAAUAUUGCUUGAUCGCUUAAUAGAGAAUCAGUUUGAGUACACUUCUGAGCGAAGACUCGAAAGAGAUAUUUUGAGAGUAUUACUUGAAUGUCGAUCUGAAUCAUCCAAGAAUGUUUACGAAUAUGCAGAUGAAAGUUUAAAUAAUUAUAUCCAAAGGAUUGAUAUGAGUGCUGCCUUAUAUGCACUUAUUGAUAUAAUGGAAUCAGACAUUUUUGCAGAUAUGAACCCGAAAAUGACCAUAUCUGCAUUUGUUGCAUUGUUUCGAUUAAUAAAAAGAUAUAACAAACAAUCUUUAGAAAGACAAAUUGGAAGAAUUAUUCCAUUAAUGGUUAAGGGUUUCAAGGAUCAAAGGUCGAUUGUUCGAAAAUCAGUAAUUGAUACAUUUGUUGCAAUUUAUUUAAUAUUAGGUGAAGAUGACAUAUUAUUCCAAUAUCUACAUGAUUUAAAUAAUGUACAGAUUAAAGUAAUUAAUUAUUACUUUGCCAAGAAUAAAUUUAGAUUACAUAGCUAG